AUGAAUAAUCGCAGAAACAAUGCACAAAGUGCUCGUUCUCGUGGCAAAGUAGAUUCGGUGUUGCAAUUUUCAAAUGAUUCGCAGUCCGAGUCUGAUUUACAUAUUUUAGAUAACCGUUCGAUGCCCAUUGAGUCUGAAUUUAGAACUGAUUAUAUUAAAAUAGAAUUGGAAGAAAUAGCAAGCUCAUCUUUAGAUAAUAUUAUGGAGAAAAAUUCGUUUGAAAAAACAGCUACAUCCCACUCAGUAAAAACCACAAGACCAACACAAGUCCAACUCGAUAUACCUAGCUCUCAGACUCAAAAGAACAAUGAAGAUAGGGCACCAGAAAAUAUUGAUGAACAUCUGGACGAUACCGUUUUACCCCAAAUUGUUUGUGAAACUUCUAAUCAAAGUAAUAUUAUUCAAAACUCAUGGCUGUUAGACGGGAGAUGA